ACUGCGUUGAGGAGGAUGAAAUUGGCUAAUAUUUUACCUUUCUGGUUAUUUUUAGGGGAGCCCCACAUAUUGUGCCAUGAAUUGAAGUCGCCCGUUAUUGGACAUGAUUUGUUGUGUGGACGUUGUGCAGCCAGCGGGUUUCUCCUUGGAUUUGCUUUGUCUUUUUGCAUGCUGAAAAGGAAAAUUUGGCCUUCAAUAAUGGGAACUGGAUUCGGUAUUGGGGUAGCAUAUGAUGCAUGCGAAAAAGAUUUGAGUUUGUAACUGAAUUUAUAUAUGUAUAUAAAAUUUACUUGAACAUAAUAAAAAAUUAAUUUGGUUUAUUAUAUUAUUUA